AUGGACAAGGACGAAGGGCAUGUGGUCGUGGUCAAGAACACCUUCAUUGACCUUGAUGAUGCCCCAAGAAUGCCAACCCUAGCUCGUGCGUCAACAACACCAGGCGGAUAUGUGGGUAAGGAAGUGGAGGAGGAGGAGGCGGACCAAAACGAGGACGAAGGCGAGGGUGAGGAGGGUGAUGGCGACAUGGGUGAAGUUGCUGCGCCACCAAUGCCUGAGCUGUACCGUGUGGUCACGCUUGAUGGGUAUGAGCCAGAGAGCGAUUGGGCUUGGACAGUAUCUUCCUCACCCGUCGCAACACCAGCAGCUGGAUGUGGUGGCUCGGUGCCCGCGCAGCCAUUCCCAGCGCAGCCGGUGCCAGCCGGCACUGUGGUCAUGAUGCCUGCAGCAAUGCCCAUGCCAAUUCCUGUUGGUAUGCCACCCUCGCAGCGCUUUGACCGAUGGCCUCACGCUAUGCCACCCACCCAAGCCGGAGCUUCAGAAGUUCCUGCGCCUGGCAUGCCUGGUGUCCAGCUACCGAUCUCCCCAAGUCCUGGACCGACAGGACCAAGUGCAGACGCCCCGCGGGCAGAUCCACCAGUUGUUCCAGCUGCUGCCGCACCACGAGCUCCAGUGUUGCAGCGGGCGUUCAGUGUGAACAGCCGCAUCUUCCGCAUUCAUUGGACAGUGGACGCUAGAGUCCUGAAGACGUCUGACAGGGAGAAAGUCUCGCCUCCCUUCGAGGUGUCAAUGGAUGGCAUUGAAAUUCAGUUCAAGCUUUGCCUGCGCCCUUUGCUUACCUCAGAGAGCCGCGGAGGCGCCUCGUUCCGAAAGGCGAAGGGGAAGGGAACUGUUGACCUGAGAUGCCUCAAUGAGAUUGAAAAGAAGAACAGCUGCGCCAUGACAUUCCGCGUGGCUAUUGGCAAGGGCUCUGAGUCUCACAAAGUGUCACGAACCAUGAAGCACGACUUCUCCGAGAAGCCCAUCUGCCAGCUAGAGGGCGAGGAAGAAUGGGACUUCAAAACCGUAGUGGAUGAAGACACCCAGACCUUCGUUGUGGUGCUGGAGGUCGUCGGCGGCAUGGGAAGCUAA